GACGACCACCUUCCACCUAGUACUUUUCUAAACUUUUUUUACUCUUUUCCCUCAUAGCAAGAUGCCACCACGCCCGGCUCGUGGACGUUCCUCUCAACCCUCGUCUCAAUCUGGUGCCCAGCAAACUACAGCUCAACCUCAGCCAACUCCAACUCCUGGUGGAGGAAGAGGUGGUUGGGGAGCGAGAGGUGCUGCAGCACCGCGAGGCGCUACUAGAGGGGGCCCUCCACGAAGCGGACAUGGGGGUCAACAACAAGGCACUCAAGCAGGUGAACGCCUUGUAGUUGGCCCUACUCUUCCAGCUACAACCUCGACGGUGGGUGUGAGGAGACGCGCGACUGGAACCGCAGGGAGGAAGAUUCAAGUCUUCGUCAACGCCACCGACAUCGCUAUCCCUGAUAGGACUAUCUAUCAUUACGAUGUGACAAUCACUAGUCCAUCCGGGAAAUCCGACUCCUUCCCGUCGCGAUUUACUCACGAAUUAAUGAAGCAACUCCAGCGAGACACGGAACCCGCCAUUUUCCAACCAUGUGGGGUCUAUGAUGGCAGGAAAAACCUUUUCACGCAGCACUUCUUGAAUAUGCCAGGCGGUGGAGACUCCGCAACGUUCAACGUUCCUGUAUCUUCUGGAACCGCUACCACUACUCCUUCGUCUCGCCCACCAGCUUUGUACAAGAUCAAGAUCGUGAAAGUAGCCGACAUUAACCCCGAGGUUUUACAACGAUUCGUGGAAGGAAAACAAUCGCAGGAUGAAAGCGUCCUUACGGCUCUCAUGGCGAUGAAUGUUGCUAUCAGACAAGGUCCUAUCAGUAGCGGUUAUGCGUUCAAUACGCGUUCCUUCUUCCCAAACUUGCCAAAUAUGGUCUCCCGUCCUAUUAUGGGUCUCCAGUUCAGACGUGGUAUCUUUCAAAGUGUUCGUUCUGCGGUUGGGAGAACGCUCUUAAACGUGGAUAUCACAACGGGGAUGUUUUAUCAAGAGGGCCCUUUGAUGAAUACGUGCCUUGCUUACUUGCCACCUCCUACUCGCAACAGUACUAUCAACGCAAACGACCCUAUGCGACUUGCUCCAUCCAGAGGGUUUCCAGAUCGGGAGAGGUUGAGGUUGCAGCGGUUUAUUUCUGGUAUCCGUGUCAAGGUCGCCGGUAGCAGAUCUGAAAAGAUCGUUUCCAUAGUCAAGUUGAGCCCUCUCAGUGCAAAAGACUUCACGUUUUCGAAGCGAGAUGGAACUGUCGUAUCGGUUGCGGACUACUUUAGGCAAACAUACAAUCGGGCUUUGAGAUUCCCGGAUGUUAUCUGUGGUCAGACUGCCUCGGGAGCCACCCUGCCUCUCGAACUGCUUACAGUUCUACCAGGACAGAUUGCUCGCAAGCAAGUGCCUCCUGAAGUAACGAGCGCGAUGGUGGAAUUCAGCCAACUGAGGCCAGCGGAGAGGAUGGCUGAAAUCAGGAGGGGUGUUGAUCUACUCGCACAUGGUCAAUCGGAAUACGUCCGUAAUUUUGGAAUGGUACCGUCACCGACGUUUCCUAUGACUAUCGAUGCAAGGGUUAUCAACCCUCCACGGUUGCAGUAUCGUGGUAAGGAAGGAAAGGGGAUGCACAACGUUGACCCACGAAACGGCUCGUGGAAUUUGCGAGACAUAACGUUCAUCCAACCGCAGACCAUUGAGCGGUGGUGUGUUAUCUUAUUCGAAACGCAAAACCGAUUUCCACUGGCAGAUGCGAGAGCGAUGGUUGGGAAUAUUGUACAGGAGUUCCGGAACGUCGGAAUGACAAUUCGCGAAACUGACCCCGUCAUUUACUACGGUAACGCUCAGAGGGAUAUAUCCGCUGAACUUAAAGUAGCCGGUGGUCAGACCGCUAAAAAACAUGGAGGGACAAAGGGACCUGAUCUGCUUGUUGUCGUUCUGCCGGACCAAGGAAACGUUGAGAUCUAUCGCGGUGUGAAGCACCUGGGUGAUAUUGAAAUGGGAGUCGCAACUCAGUGUCUCAGGUCAUCAAAGUGUCGACGAGCCAAGUCUCAGUAUUGGGCUAAUGUUGCUUUGAAAGUCAAUCCGAAGCUUGGUGGUAUCAACCAUAAGCCGGAUCCGACUGCUAGGACAUCUUCAGACCUCAACGAUCCUCAGAAGCCGACUAUUAUCAUGGGAGCCGAUGUCAUGCACCCUGCCCCGGGUUCUAGCAACCCAUCGUACACGGCUGUAGUUGGGAAUGUCGACUCCGACGUAGCAAAGUACAUUGCCGAGUUGAAGGUGCAAACCAGUAGGGUUGAGAUCAUCGAAGAGCUAGGGGAGAUGGUUAGGAACAUUCUCGGGAAAUAUAUGGACUAUCGCAAGAAUGUAGAGAAGAAAACCAACAUCCAACCAGUUCGCUUACUCUUCUUCCGAGAUGGAGUGGAUGAAGGCCAAUAUCAGAAGGUUAAGGAUAUGGAACUGCAAAUCAUCCGACAAGUAUGCGUUGACCUCAAGAUCCGCCCCAAGAUUACCUUCAUCAUCGUGGCGAAACGACAUCACUUCCGGUUCUUUCCUCAAGACCCUAACGCACCUAACCAAGCAGAUCCAAAAAGCGGAAACUGCCUUUCCGGCACGGUCGUCGAUACUGGGAUUACGCACCCGACGGAAUUCGACUUCUAUCUCCAGUCUCACGGAGGGCUGUUGGGGACUAGCCGGUCUGCCCACUACCACGUCUUAUCUGAUGAUAACGACUUUACGGCUGACGCGAUGCAAAACCUCUGCUUUGGCCUUUGUCACGUCUUUGCUAGGUCUACGAGAACGAUAUCCAUCCCAACACCUGUUGCAUAUGCCGACCUAGUCUGUUCUCGUGCUCCAAAUCAUUACAAGUCUUCAUCCGCGAUGUCGGAUAUGGAGAGUACGGCUACGGGCGGUCGGGAUAUGACGUUGGAAAGGCUUAAGGCAGAUUUCAAGCCUAUUCAUAAGAACCAGUCGAUCAGAACGUUUUUCACGUGAUUUUUUAAUUCCCCGUCUGCGACUAUCGAACUGGGCAACCGUGCUUCAAGCUCCCCUUUUACCCCAUCUACAAUUUUCUUGACUUGAUCAUGCUCUCCCUUUCUGUUACUUUUUGUCGUUUUUGCUUUUCCUGAUGCUUUCUUGUUGUGCUAGUACCAUGCUUUCGAAUGUAUAACGUGCUCUACGAUUCUGCCCCUUCUUGAACCCCUCCGACCCUACCAUAUGUGUACAAUACUUCUUGCUCAUGAACAUUGAUCACCGAUCGUCUCGCCACCUGGAUACUUUACGGUCUUCUAUUCCAAACGUUCAGUGCUGUCUACCAUCCAUCCGACGUCGAGGUCUACAAUAUUUU